GACGCCUGCGCAGUGUGACCGGGAUGGCGUAUUUUCUUGCACCGAGUAAUGCGGUGUCGCUGGCGGCUGAGAAGGGUGGAGAGUUCCGUGGUGAAGUAGGGGGAGGGAUCUAUGUAGGCGUUCGGAGGAGCCUUGGCCUGAACUAUAAAGUGGGAAGUUGAUGCUGGGUACUGCUACUCCCGGACCGGCAGCGUGAAAGUUGUGAUAUCACCGUUGAACCAUCAGCUUUGAAAUUCAAAAACAAUGGAGAAGACGCAAGAAACAGUGCAAAGAAUUCUUCUAGAACCCUAUAAGUAUUUACUUCAGUUACCAGGUAAACAAGUGAGAACCAAACUUUCACAGGCAUUUAAUCAUUGGCUCAAAGUUCCAGAAGAUAAGCUGCAGAUUAUCAUUGAAGUGACAGAGAUGUUGCAUAAUGCCAGUUUGCUCAUCGACGAUAUCGAAGACAACUCAAAACUCCGACGUGGCUUUCCUGUGGCACACAGUAUCUAUGGGAUUCCGUCCGUCAUCAAUUCUGCCAAUUACGUGUAUUUUCUUGGCCUAGAGAAAGUCUUAACCCUUGAUCACCCCGAUGCGGUAAAGCUUUUUACCCACCAGCUUCUGGAACUCCACCAGGGACAAGGCCUAGAUAUCUAUUGGAGGGAUAAUUACACUUGUCCCACCGAAGAAGAAUAUAAGGCUAUGGUGCUACAAAAGACAGGUGGGCUGUUUGGAUUAGCAGUGGGUCUCAUGCAGUUGUUCUCUGAUUACAAAGAAGAUCUAAAGCCACUACUUAAUACACUCGGGCUCUUUUUCCAAAUUAGGGAUGAUUAUGCUAAUCUGCACUCCAAAGAAUAUAGUGAAAACAAAAGCUUUUGUGAAGAUCUAACAGAGGGAAAGUUCUCGUUCCCUACUAUUCAUGCCAUCUGGUCAAGGCCUGAAAGCACCCAGGUGCAGAGUAUCUUGCGCCAGAGAACCGAAAAUAUAGAUAUUAAAAAAUACUGUGUACAUUAUCUUGAGAAUGUAGGUUCUUUUGAAUACACUCGGAGUACUCUUAAAGAGCUUGAAUCUAAAGCCUAUAAACAAAUUGAUGCACGUGGUGGGAACCCUGAGCUUGUAGCUCUAAUAAAGCACUUAAGCAAAAUGUUCAAAGAAGAGAAUGAAUAAUACUAAGUCAUUCUUGAUUAGGCCUGGGAGCUUAUUUUAGUUGACUUUUUUUUUUUUUUUUUUUUUUGUCUUUUAGCCUAUCACUUUUUUAAAAAUUAGGACCAAGCUGUUAGUCUCCUCAAACUGAGUGAAUUGGGGUGAUGUGAGUGAGAUUGUUUCAAUUUAGAACCCCUUUGUACAGAUAAUCAUAAUAGUACAAAGUUGAUGGAAUCAAAAGGAGCCACAUUUAAAUAGGUCUAAUAUGAAUGUCAGAAUGUGCUGUGUUGGGACCUUAUGGACAACUGCCACAAAUGUUCUGCUAAUUCUAUCAAUAAAGAAGACUUCAGCUUCCGGGAAUUCU